UAUUUUCUAUGUCUUGUGACUGUCACAUGAGGCUAUUAUUUAUCAUAGGCUAAUCGGCAAGAAAAAGCUUUCUAUUGCCUUUUCAUCGUUUUACAUCUAUAAAUAUUUUACGAUUCAGCGAAAUGAAUUUAACGACACUGAUCGCCCUCAUCUUCGCUUGCCUCACUGCUGUAAACGCGGCGUCGCUUUCGGCAUUCGACAAGGAUCUACAAUGGUCAGCAUGGAAGACGUAUCACAGGAAGAUCUAUAAAGACGAUUUCGAAGAAAGCUUUCGACAUUCGAUAUGGUUGUAUAAUCUCAAGAAAAUUGAAGAGCACAACAAGGUCAGAUCAUUUAAACUUGCCAUUAAUCAUUUGGGAGAUUAUACAACUCUGGAAUACAGGCAUUUGCUAUUGGGAUCAGUAUAUAAUCCUUAUAUGAAACGAACUGGUUCGACCUUCCUACCGCCAUCCAAUGUCAAGCUGAAUGCUACAGUUGACUGGAGACAACAUGGAUAUGUCACUCCAGUGAAGAACCAAGGUCAAUGUGGCUCCUGCUGGGCAUUUAGCACUACUGGCUCGCUUGAAGGCCAACACUUCAAGAAGACUGGAGAAUUAGUUUCACUUAGUGAACAAAAUCUUGUUGAUUGUUCAUCAAGCUAUGGAAACAAUGGUUGCGAUGGAGGUCUUAUGGACAAUGCCUUUAACUACAUCAAGGCAAACGGGGGCAUUGAUACUGAAGCUAGUUAUCCGUACACGGCAAAGGAUGGAAAUUGUAAAUUUAGUGAGAGCGAUGUUGGUGCUACUUGCACUGGCCAUGUAGAUGUAACAAAAGAUUCGGAAAAAGAUUUGAAGAGUGCUGUUGCAACAGUUGGCCCUGUAUCAGUUGCUAUUGAUGCCAGCCACUUCUCUUUCCAAUUCUAUCAUAGUGGUGUAUAUGAUGAACCAUUUUGCAGUUCAACGAAGUUGGACCAUGGAUUGGUGGUUGGUUAUGGUGAAUACAAUAGUAAAGACUAUUGGCUUGUCAAGAAUAGUUGGGGGGCUCAAUGGGGUCUUCAAGGAUAUAUUCGAAUGACGAGGAACUCUGACAAUCAGUGUGGAAUUGCUACAGCUGCAAGCUAUCCUCUUGUUUGAAUUUUUUUGUAUUGAAUUAUUUAAACAAUUAUCAACCUCGUCAAGUUGAGCGUAUCAUUGUACCACAUUCAUCCACAUUUUUACUCCCUUUGUGUAAUGCAACUCAUUUUUGGGUAUUUUUCUUUUGUGAUAAGGAAACUUCUUAAUCUUUACUGCAAAAAUUUUUUUUCUAAACUAUAUUGGUUUUUUAUUUGUUAUGUUCUUUGCAUGUAUAAUAACUGUACCAGAGCUAGACAGUCUAUUUCUUCUAGAAGUAAAAGUUUGGGCUGGCAUUGCCAUUGAUGAUGAAUGAUCAUUGAAUAGUUCAAUGUGAAUGAUAUGACAAGUCGCUUUUCACUUCAAAAAAAUUGCUGUCUAGAUAAUCUAGUUCCAUUUUUAGUCAAUCUUAUCUAAAUUCAGUAAAUUGUAAAAAUUGACAUGAGCUGUGGUGAAGCAUGGCAAUGAUGUGAAAUUUUUAUUGAAAAUAUCAAACAAUUGUAAGAUUUAAAAAUCCUUUUUCCGUUCA